UUUCAGUGGCCAAAGAUCGCGACAACUUCACUUGUCUGUAGUCACGUUCUCAGCCGGCGUCAUGUGCUGAGUCAGAAUUCAGGAGCACCGUCUGCUAUAAAUAGCGACACAUGCAGGUGGUGCUACCAUUUUCAGGAACGUCCAUUUCUUGAAACUACCAGAACGAUGCUUCUCUCUGUGUGUGUUCUCGCUUGUCUUGGAGCUGCCUCAGCUUUCCUCUCCUACCAGUCCCAGAUCCCCAACGGCAAUUCCGUCAUCAGCCCCUGCCUCAUCGGCUACUGGUCAGGCGUUGGUCACCUCAACUCACAUGGGUCCGGACCGCUCAACGCAUUCGGUGUUGACUUUGCCGCGGCUGGUCACAUCUGGACCCAGGAGCUGUGUAGGGCGGACUCCGACAGGGACGGCAAGUCCAACGGUGAGGAGCUGGGUGACCCCAACUGUCACUUUACCACAGCUCACCCCAGCAACCUGGGACCAGCCACCAGCCAUCCAGGUAUCUGUGAGCCAGUAGGAAGUGCCGGUUGCGCAUGGCAAGGCUUCAGUUGCUAGGUUACAUCUGCUGCUGUACAACUUGUGAUUAGAUCAAAUUAAACUCAAAAC